AUGACUAAUGGACCAGUUGAAGCUUCUUUCACAGUCUAUGAAGACUUCUACAUUUAUAAGAAAGGAGUAUACCAGUACACGGCAGGACAGGUUGUUGGAGUACACGCCAUCAAGAUUAUGGGAUGGGGAACGGAGCAUGGAACUGAUUACUGGCUCAUUGCCAACUCCUGGGGGGCCCAAUGUGGAUCCUGCUGGGCUUUUUCAACUGCUGAGGUCAUCUCCGACCGCAUUUGCAUUGCUACCAAGGGAACCCAACAACCGACCAUUUCCCCAACCGAUAUGCUUGCCUGCUGUGGACGUUCCUGUGGUGACGGAUGUGAGGGAGGAUACCCAAUUCAAGCUUUCCGAUGGUGGAACUCCAGAGGAGUGGUCACUGGAGGAGACUUCCGAGGAUCUGGAUGCAGACCAUACCCAUUUGCCCCAUGCAAUUCCUAUAAAUGUCCUGAAGAAAAGACCCCAACGUGCUCCUUGAGCUGUCAAUUCGGAUACUCAACAGCCUACGCUAAGGACAAGCGCUUUGGAGUAUCCGCAUACGCUGUUGCCAGAAACGUUGCUGCCAUCCAAACCGAAAUCAUGACUAAUGGGCCAGUCGUGGGCGCUUUCACCAUGUACGAGGACAUGUACAAGUACAAGAGCGGAGUCUACAGACACACUGCAGGAAGGCUUCUCGGAGGACACGCCAUCAAGAUCAUCGGAUGGGGUACUCAGAACGGAAUUCCAUACUGGCUCAUUGCCAACUCUUGGGGAGCUGACUGGGGAGAGAACGGAUUUCUCAAGAUGCGUCGCGGAGUCAAUGAAUGUGGAAUUGAGAGCGCUGUCGUCGCCGGAAUGCCCAAAGUUUAA